AAGGCAUCAGCUGAAGAGGUACCUGAUAACUCUGCCCUGCUACAAGAUGCAAAGAAAGAUGACAAACAAGCUCUUAAAGUAAGCACUGCUCUCAAAACAAUACCAAAGGAAUUUCAGCACUUGACUGUGAAAACAGCUGCUCAGGAAUCUAAUGCACUUAAAGCCAGACCACGAUCCAGGUCUUAUUCUAGCACAUCAAUAGAAGAUGCUAUGAAAAAGGGAGAAGAGCCCCCUACUCCACCACCAAGGCCACAGAAAUCACAUUCCAGAGCUUCCUCUUUGGAUCUGAACAAAAUAUUUCAACAAAACACACAAGCUGUGAGGUCUGGCUGGCUGCCCCCACCACCGCCUGCACUGCCUCCUCGACCUUCUGUAUCUCAGACAGAGCAAGUAUCUGAGGUUGAAUUACAUCCUCAGAUGAAUAGACCUCCGGCACAGGCAGAAGAAAACAGUUCAGCAAAAAAGGAGGUUGUUCUCGCUCAGCCACCUUCCAAACCCACCCGCAGGAAGCUCCGGACGGAGGCGCAGGGGCUGGAGACCCCCGAGCUUUCUCCCACUAUAAAUGUGACUUCUUCCCUGCCAGCAGUCAAGCCUCACCUCCCAGUCCAAAAACAGUCUUCCAAGCAGAAAAGGGCUAUUCAGACCGCUAUACGAAAAAACAAAGAAGCCAAUGCUGUGCUCGCCAGGCUGAACAGUGAGCUCCAGCAGCAGCUGAAGGAGGUUCACAAGGAACGAAUUGCCUUGGAAACGCAGCUGGAGCAGCUGCGUCCCGUCACCGUCUUGUGA